UGAACAAGCCGACCUUCUGAAGGAGUACAUCUAGUGGACCUUUUGUCGAAUUAAGCUCUUCAUUAAUGGAAAUGGAUGGAACUGACAGGCUUCUUGUUCCCUGAGGCGGUGCCUAGCAUUCAACUUUAUUAUUUAUUUAUUCAUUUUUAUCAAAAACAAGAUUAAUGAAAACCAAACAUGAAAUCCUUUGAUUCUGCACCACAUUUUAUUGCUUUAUACUUUCUAUUUAAUUUGUAUAAUAUAAGUGCUGUAUCAUGGAAGUCCAGUGUCAGUUGGAAUGUAGGGCAAAUGAAAGUUAGGGGUUGAGGAGGCAUCUUGUACGGCUGAACAAAAAGCUCUGAGGUAAUAACAUGGCAUGAAGAUCAAUACCUGUCCAUGAAUACAUGCCGUGAACCAGUGUGGCUUCUGCUACUCAUCUCAUCCAUCUGGUAGAUUUUUAGGGUGACUGGACCCUUCGGCAGUGGUACUGCUCUGAGAUGGGGCCGGUGAGGCAUACAGGAUGAUCCAGGUGUUCUCCUGCUUUGCUGUUGACUUGGUUGCCCCUCUUUGGAUGUUUUGAUUGCCCCGCUCACCUGCACAGCCAGGUGAAAUGCCUCUUUGACUCCACAGUGGAAACAGAUGACCGUUUGCUAUGCCACCUGGGAUGGUCCUGUUCUCCAUCCUUGCUGCUUCAGUGCUGCAGUCUCUUCUCCGGGCUGAGGGAAACGCGCAGGCCGCCGAGGACUACCCCUCCUUCACCUAUGGCAGUGCCGUUUUUGAACACCUGGCCCUGCACCCCGACCCGGCGGUGGGCUGGGUGUAUGUGGGCGGCAAGGACCGCCUCUAUCAGCUGAGCAAGGCACUGGAGCUGGAAGCGGAGGUGGAGACAGGCCCCGUGACGGACAGCAGGGAAUGCCUCCCGCCCAUCCUGGAGAGCAGCUGUCCCCAGGCCCGGCGUACCAGCAACCACAACAAGCUCCUGCUGGUGAACCCUUACAGCCAAGAGCUGAUCAGCUGUGGCAGCGUCUUCCAGGGCAUCUGCCAGAAGAGGAGCCUCGACUCCAUCAAGGAAGUGUUGUUCUCCACUGAGAGGCCCGUGGACACCCAGUACGUGGCGGCCAAUGACCCCAACGUCACUACCGUGGGACUGGUGGUGCAACUGCGGAGCAGCCAGCCGGUGCUGUUCGUGGGCCGGGGCUACACCAGCAGCCACCCGCCCAUCUCCACCCGCAACCUGGCCCCUGCGCCCGUGUUCUCCUACGAGGAGACGGCCAAGCUGGCGGUGGCCGGCCGGCUCUCCGAGUACGACCACCACUUUGUGACCGCCUUCUCUCGCCAUUCCCACGUCUACUUCUUGUUCUACCGGCGUGACCUCAAGUCCCAGGCGCGGGAAUACAGGACGUACGUGUCGCGUGUCUGCCUUGACGACACCUCCUACUACUCCUACGUGGAGUUGCCCCUGGUGUGUGACUCAUCCGUAGGCAAGAGGUACAAUCUGCUCCAGGCAGCGCGAGUGGGGCUCCCUGGGAAGCGGGGAGGUGGAGCCGGCGACAAGGGAGUGCUGCUGGGCGUGUUCGCCACUCGCGUGGCGUCCUCCAACCUGCCGAGCGAGGAUUCCGCGCUGUGCGUCUUCGACCUGGAGAAGCUGGACCGGCAGAUCAAUUCCACCCGUGACCUGUGCUACACCCGAGACGGGGGAGGGGGGGCAGCUUACAUCGAGUACGAGGUCAAAUCCAACUGUGCCACCCUGCCCGCGAAUACCCUGGAUGCCUACCCAUGCGGCUCAGACCACACCCCCAGCCCAAUGGCCAGCGGGGUGCCCGUGGUGGAGUCGUCGAUCCUGGACAGCCCGUCCGCCCGUCUCACGGCUGUGGCUGUGAGCAUGAGGGCGGGGCACACCAUCGCCUUCUUGGGAGACUCCAAGGGGAAGCUGAGGAAGGUUUACCUUGGCCCCAAUGGAGAGGUAGAGGAGUAUGAUGAUGUUUCCAUCCAGCCCAACGCAGCUAUCAGCAGUGACCUGUUCCUGGACCAGACAGAGGAGCACUUGUUUGUCAUGACCAGCUCUCGGCUGGAGAAGAGGCCCGUAGCAGAGUGUUACAGACACCUGGACUGCAACUCCUGCCUGGCUGCCCACGACCCUUACUGUGGCUGGUGCGUGCUGGAAGGAAGGUGCGGCCGCCGCUCUGAGUGUCCUCGGGCGGACAGGCCGGGCCAAUGGCUGUGGAGCUUCGACAUGGAGCAGCACUGCCUUGCCAUCCAGGGUCUGACUCCGUCCAACAUCAGCCGAGAGGAGAAGAGGAAAAUUUUCCUCAAAGUACCGGGGCUGCCGGACUUGGGAGGCCAGGAAUCGUAUUCCUGCUACUUCCAGGAAAACGAGAGUCCGGCUAGUGUCACUAGGAGUGGAGUCACCUGCUUCUCCCCGGACACCAGCACUGUGCCCCCUGGGCACCAGGGACAAGAUUUUGUCACAGUCGCCCUGUCGCUGCGCUAUCGCAAUGUCACCGUCGCCACGACAGAGUUCGUCUUCUAUGACUGCAGCACCGUGAAGCACCUCUCCGGGACCAUGCCAUGCCGCGGGUGCGUGACCAGCCGCUGGGGCUGUAACUGGUGCGUCCACCAGCACUUAUGUACACACAAGACAGUGUGCGAGGAAGGACUCAUCAUUUACAAUGAGCAGUCCAAGCCACCGACAGCAGCGCCCCCUACAGUCGCGUUGCAGUCCGCUACACCCAAAGCCACUCUGUCUCCUACAACCAUGGCAGCCGCGACGUUGCUCGGCACCACUUCAGCCGCAGCCACAACGAUGGCCGCGACUGCAACUACGACGACCGCCACCACUGCUACUGCUGGUACUACAACCACCACAACCACUGAAGUCACCACUAUGGCGGUCCCCACAGCGGAGCCCGAGCUGACGACGACAACGACGACGGUGGUGCCACCGACCACCACUCUGCCCGCAACUCCUCCUCCUCCGACUACACCUCCACCCAGUCCUCUGCAGCCCAUAGCUGUGACGGAGCCUCCCCCCAUACACCUGGAAGAGGGAACGACAUUAAAGGGGGAUCCAAUUGUGGAAAAUGUCCAUUUUAUGGUGACUCCCGCUGGUCCAGAGGAGGGCUCGGAGACUGGCAUGCCCCCGUUCUCGCCUGAUGACCAAUCACCCACCUCCCGGGGCUCCACCCCCUCCCCUCUGGCCCUUCCGGUGUACCCCAUCACGGAAGCGGUGACUGCCUUCCCCACAAAUGAUCCCACGCCUCCGACUGACGCGUUACCUGUGGCUGAACCCCCCACUGAAACUCCACCCCCUUCGGAAGCUUCUAGCACCGCUCCUAACUCCUCCCCCUUCCCCCUGGGCCCGCCAGCUCGCCCCAAAGAUGUCCUUCCUCCAUCCUUGACCGAAGUCCCACCCCCUCUAGCCACCACUUCCCCACCACCCACCUCAACCCCCGCGGUCACGGUCCCCCCGGCGCCCACUACGACCCCCGCAGAUCAGGGAGGGAGUUUCCCCGAGGAGGAGCUGGCAGCGAGGAUGGCUGCAGAGAACGACACUGCCUCAUCCGCGGCGGCUGUGCUGCUCUCGGGCGACGGGGAGAUGGAUCACGGCUCCCCGGCCUACCUCCGUCUGCUGGACCCGGACUCGGAGCCAGAUUACCAGUACGAGCCGUUCCUGCCGGAGGACGAGGGGACCUUCUGGGCCUGGGGGGUGUCGGCGUGCCCCUGCGUGGAGGCAGUCGUAGGUUCUCCUCUGCUGCCUGUCAAUGUGGAGGGAAAGAUCACCCUGCAGGGGCGCAACCUUCAGCUCUUCAAGGACACGGAGCUGAAAUACGAGUGCGUGCUGGUGAUUGAGGGAAGGACGGCUGUGGUCGACUCCCACGUGGAAGUUAACGAGAUGGACUCUUCUCUCUAUGACAUCAACUGCCAGUCGAACCGGUAUUCGUAUUCUGCCCCCAUCGAGGAGUACAAUGCUAUGGUAUACGUCAAACGCAAGGACUCCUUUCAUGUAGACAGCUCCAAGAGUCUUUAUGUCACGUUGUAUAACUGCUCGGCGGGCCGUUUGGACUGCAGCCGCUGCCACACUGCACCCCACAAGUACGGCUGCGCAUGGUGCGGGGGCACGCGCCCCGGCUGCCUCUACAAGGACUCCUGCGCUGAUCGCAUCGAGCACACCUGCCCGGCCCCCGUCAUCCACUUUAUCGAACCGACGUCAGGCCUUGUGGAAGGGGGCGCUGUGGUCACCAUCUCCGGGUCCAACCUGGGGCAGAAAGCUGAAGAUAUCCAGCACUCGGUCACCGUGGCUGGCUUCCCCUGCACUGUCAUCUCCAGCCGCUAUGAGAUCUCAUCUCGAAUUGUGUGCAAGACAUUGCCCAGUGGUGGGGAGAAGGGUGGUCAGGUGUCCGUGAAAGUGAAUGGAGGGCAGUAUGGCCUCUCCAUCCAGAAGUUCAGCUACCAGGACCCGAAGGUGAUGCAGGUGUAUCCCCAGAGGGGCCCCAAAGCAGGCGGUACCUCCCUAACCAUAACAGGAAGGCACCUGUGCACGGGGCGUGCCAAUGAGGUCAGCGUGACGGUCGGUGGCGUGCCGUGCAUCGUCUCGUCUGAGAUCCGGGAGGACAGCAUCGAAUGUGUGACCGGCAGCACCAACACCACCGGGCUGCACAGAGUGACAGUGCACUACCAUGGUGGUGAUCGCCACCUGCAGGGAGAGAUGUACAACUACACCCCGGAUCCCAACAUCACACAAGCGGCACCUUCAAAGAGCUUUCAGAGUGGUGGACGGACGAUUCGCGUGUCUGGGCACAACUUGGAUGUGGUGCAGGAGCCCCAGAUUCGAGUAACUCUAUCUCCACUGGAACCACUUGACUCGAAGAGGAGGAGGAGGAGGAGGAGAAGGAGCAUAGCACACGUGGCUGGGAAGUGGGACAGGCCGCUGCAGAGGCUCAGUCGGAUCGUACCCGAGGCAGAGUGUGAUCCUCUAAAGGGCGUGUGCUCGGAUAGACACUUCGUGGAGCCGUGCCAGGUGAACAGCAGCUCCCUGAUCCUGUGUAGCACACCUCUGGUGGAGGGCUGGACGGCGGGGGCCCGCAUCAAGGUGGAGUUUCUGCUGGACAAUCUGCGCUUCGACUUUGACGCCGUCAGCCCCAGCGCCUUCAGCUACGAGCACAACCCCAUCCUGCACCAGCUGAACUCGAACGAGCACGGCCUGCCGUACCGCUACAAGCCAGGCAGCAUCAUCUCUGUGGAGGGGGAGAACCUCGACCUCGCCAUCUUCAAGGAGGAGGUCGUGGCCAUGAUUGGGGAGGGGGUGUGUUCUGUGAAGACCCUGACCCGGACCCACCUCUACUGUGAGCCCCCAUCCCAGCAGCCGCUGCCGGCUCCCGGAAAGAAGCGGGAGGGGAUGGACUCCCUCCCAGAAUUCACAGUCCAAAUGGGGAAUCUGAACUUCUCCCUGGGUAAAGUGCAGUAUGACACUCUGAGCCAGUCCACGUUUCCCCCGGAGGCGCAGGUCGGAGUUGGCGUAGGAGCCUCCAUCGUGGCCCUCAUCGUGCUCAUCAUCGUCCUCAUAUACAGGAGGAAGAGCAAGCAGGCCUUGCGGGACUAUAAGAAGGUCCAGAUACAGCUGGAGAACCUGGAGACUAGUGUGAGAGAUCGCUGCAAGAAGGAGUUCACAGACCUGAUGACCGAGAUGAUGGACAUGUCCAGCGACCUGGUAGGGUCCGGCAUCCCCUUCUUAGACUAUCGCAUGUAUGCUGAGCGCAUCUUCUUCCCUGGCCACCGGGAGUCGCCAUUGCGCCGUGACCUGGACGUGCAGGAGUGUCGGCGUCAGACCGUGGAACAGGGUCUGGUGCAGCUGUCUAACCUACUCAACAGCAAGCUCUUCCUCACCAAGUUCAUUCACACUCUGGAGAGCCAGCGGACCUUCUCUCCACGAGACAGGGCCUACGUGGCCUCUCUGCUCACCGUCGCCCUCCAUGGUAAGCUGGAGUACUUCACCGACAUCCUCAAGACCCUGCUCAAUGACCUGGUAGAGCAGUAUGUGGCCAAGAAUCCCAAACUCAUGCUUCGGAGGACUGAGACAGUGGUGGAGAAGCUGCUCACCAACUGGAUGUCCAUCUGCCUGUAUGCCUUCCUACGGGACUCGGCGGGGGAGCCGCUGUAUAUGCUCUUCCGGGCUAUAAAGCACCAAGUGGACAAGGGUCCGGUGGACACGGUGACGGGCAAAGCCAAGUACACCCUGAAUGACAACCGGCUGCUGCGGGAGGACAUAGAGUACCACACCCUGACGGUGAACGUGCUGAUGCAAGGGGGCAGCACCACCGAAUGUCAGCCAGUCGCUGCCAAGGUGCUGGACUGUGAUACCAUCACGCAGGUGAAGGAGAAGAUUCUGGACCAGGUGUACAAAGGCACCUCCUUCUCCCACCGACCACACGCAGACUCCCUGGACCUGGAGUGGCGAUCCGGCGUAGCUGGUCACCUUAUCCUCUCGGAUGAAGACCUGACAUCCGUCUGCCAGGGAAACUGGAAGCGACUGAACACCCUGCAGCACUACAAGGUUCCUGAUGGUGCCACAGUAGCGCUGGUCCCCCGCCACAGCAAGCAGAUCCACCAUGACAACCAUGACUACAUGGCUGGAGAGAAAACCCCCAUGCUGGAGGAUGCGGACGAAGGUGGGGUUAGGCCAUGGCACUUGGUGAAGGCCAGUGAGGAGCCAGAUUUGCCGAAACACAGGCGUGGAAGUUUGAGGGAGAGGGAGAGGGCCAAAGCCAUCCCAGAGAUCUACCUGACACGCCUGCUUUCCAUGAAGGGCACGCUGCAGAAGUUUGUGGAUGACCUGUUCCAGGUGAUCCUCAGCACCAGCCGACCGGUCCCGCUGGCCGUCAAGUACUUCUUUGACCUCCUGGAUGACCGAGCUGUGCACCACGGCAUAUCGGACUCUGAGACAAUCCACAUUUGGAAAAAUAACAGUUUGCCUUUGAGGUUCUGGAUCAACAUCAUCAAGAAUCCCCAGUUCAUCUUUGACGUCCAGGCCUCGGACAACGUGGAUGCAGUCCUGUCCGUCAUCGCCCAGACCUUCAUGGACUCCUGCACCAUUGCCGAACACAAGCUGGGCAGGGAUUCUCCUAUAAACAAGUUGCUGUAUGCCAGAGACAUCCCACGGUACAAGCAGAUGGUGGAGAGGUACUAUGCAGAUAUCAGGCAGACCAUUUCCGCCAGUGACCAGGAGAUGAACUCUGCACUGGCAGAGCUGUCCAGGAACUACUCAGGUGAACUGAAUUACCUUGUGGCCCUGCAUGAAUUAUACAAGUACAUCAACAAGUACUAUGACCAGAUCAUCACCGCCUUGGAGGAGGACAGCACCGCCCAGAAGAUGCAGUUGGGCUACAGGUUGCAGCAGGUAGCAGCCGCAGUGGAGAACAAGGUGACGGACUUGUGACGGCAACGCCAGAGGGGCAACACAUCGGGGAGUUCAAAAGGACCUGAGGGGGCAGGAAGAACCGGAGGGUGCCCCCCCCCCCUUAUCAGAGAUGGUUGAGACCUCUAUGGAGACGAGGGCUGGAUCCAUUUCGCUGUCCGUCUCCGUUCUCCGUGGUGUCAGCAGGACGAAUUGAUGUUUAGUUUCUUUACGAAUUGAUGUUGAACUUUACAAGCUUAGCGAGAUGAACGUUAAGGGCUGGAGGAGGUGCUUUCAGAGGGUCAGGCGUUUCUGCUCUUUCACUUUCACUGAAGGGGAGUCCUGGCACAGGUUGGAAUCAGAUGGAAAAAGGACAGUACAGGGGCCUGGGUGUUUUGCCGAAUGUUUGUUUUUUCCCCAUUAAGCAAACUACAUGUUACGUGAAUCAGAGCCACGUGCCAUUGGGAGUCUGAUGGACAGUGUGGGAAGUGGCACUACCUUCAGAGCCUGUCCAUGAUUCUCGCCCGUUUGGCUGGGUGUACAUGUGGCCUGUAUCUACUGAGGUCAGUUUGUUUACUAAGAAAGGUACUAUUGCAUGUGAAUAUCCAUCUCCGUUCCCAUCUCUGGAUAAUGUAUGUGGCAGGUGCUUAUGAAUUUUGGUCACUAGACACUCCCUGACACCAUAAAAAAAUCUUAACAUCCUUUAUAAAUUGUUUAAAAUGGUAGAAUAAUGAGGGUUCCAAGUUUUUAAAAGCGGUACUCAAUUUUUCCUUAGUUUUCAGCCUAUCAGAAAAAGAAGCUACUGUUUUUAAAAGCAGUGUCUUCCGUAUAAUGUAGCCCAGCAAAAUGGUCCUUUGGGAAUUUUCCUUGGCUCAUGUAUUUAUUCUGUUUUAACCUAAAGGGUUUAGCUUUUUUCCAUUUUUUUAAACUUACACUACUGAUAUCUGUCCUGACAGUUGUAUAUUUUCCUUGUGCAUUAUUUAUACAUUUUACGAUCAGCAUCGUUAACCUUGUGUUGGGGCCCAUGGAUAAUGAUCAGUGUGUUAGUUGACAGAUAAGUCCAACCAAAAUGUUUUAUUCAUAAGUAUGGAGAAUAAACACUGGUUUGGGUUGUUAUUGUUAUGAAAAUCGUUACAAUUCAUAUUUAAAGUUAUCUUGUAUAGUCGACAGAAACUUUGACUGCUGAAAAUUAAGAUUGUGCACUUUCACUGUCUAUUUUUUUUCCCCUCUUCAGUUUUGUCUCAGUUUUUGUUUUUUUUUUCGAUGAAACUUGUUUCCCAUCAGAAAUGAGGCAUGUGGUUUAUUAAAAACUGGUUUUCUCUUCCAGUUGGGGAGCUUUCAGCGAUUUAAACACAAAGGACAUCCUCUUAGAACUUACUCCCGCAUGUACAUGCUGAUAUCAGUUCAUCCUUUACAUUUUCCCUCCUGCUGUUGGGUAAGAGUCACUGAAGGAAAGGUAAAUUUAGGGAACAAUUUGAAAAGCACCUAGGGUACAGUCUCUGAUAUUUCCUGCGGUUUUUGGUGAACAACUAUAUGCCAGUGGAAGUUUGUGUACCGGUUUUUAUAGUAGCUUUUUUUUCACCGCUGUGCCGCUUUACUUGGUGGUGGAGCUGACUGGUGUUUUGAAUGCAAUGUAGACAAUAAAAUAAAAUUAUAAUUCAGUUUGACCGGAAUUUGAUGUAGCUUUUCAAGCGCGUUAAGCAGGCGCUGUGGUGCAAUUCACUUUGUCACCGCUAGAGAGCGACAAAGAACAUUGACAAGGCUCGGUGCAUUCAAUGCGCUGCUGCGCAAACUCGCUAUUUAUUAAUAGGUUAUUAAAGACUGUAUGUAUGAUCGUUUCUUUGCACACUUUGGUUGGGCUUGUCCAAGGAAUAUAUAAAAAAUGGAUUUCUAAACAAUAUAAACCCGGUUUAUUCUCAUCAGUUAAGAGGGGUAAUUAAGAGUUUCAGUGCUGUAACAAGGGCAGGCUUACGCCUUGAUCGAUCAUUUCCGUGUCUCCACGUUCUGCCCUUUGAUGGCGCUCUAAUCCCCGGGGACCAGUAGACUUCAAAAUGAAGGUGACAUUCAAGAUGAGUGAUUUUAAAUAUCCCAUCCGUCUACGUGUAGAUGAUAGUGGUCGCUGCUUUUAAUGCAAUGAUUCGCCCCUGUCAGUUCUGUCCUUGUGUAGUGACCAAAAGAGAAGCAGCUGUCUGGUUACAAACAUCUGCGGACCUUCACGGGUACUAAUGAUCGCCUCCGGGGGAGGUGAAUGCGUAUUUGCCUUGAAGUGACGGUGUGAGAAACGUCGGGGGUGUUUUUGAACAUGUUAAUUAUUCUGAUUUGUCUUGGUGGGGGAGGAUGAAGGCAAUGGAAGGUUAGAAAAUAAAGAAUGACUGAAUAAUAUAACAAACCACAAAAUGUUGUUCUGAUAUUUCAAAUGUACAUGUUCUGUUUUCAGUGUCCUUCGGGGUCUUUACCUUAGUCCUGGGACACCAGAGUGUAUAGGCUACUUUUGUGUAAUUGUUUUCUAAAUUAAUAUUUGGAAACAUGGCACGGUAUUUAAUUCUAUUUAAGAAUUUGGAAAGAGUCGUUAUAGUGAAGCUAGUUUAUACCGUCCUUUGAUAUGUACAAAGGAAUUCUAUAAAUUAAGGACGUGCGGUUUGGUGUUUAAUGUUCGGGAUCAGCUUUUGCUGUUUUUUAAUAAACAUGUUUUUAAAGUAGGUAUUCUCGGCUCCCGAUGACCAAUUUGAAAGCUUAGCAUUCGAGUGCCUUCUGCAGCCCUUAUGUGUUCUUAUGUAGGAUACCGCUUACUUUGAAACCCGUUUAUAACACCUUAAUUGAAGUAUCUGCCCCUUUGAAUUUGUAUUAAACCAGCCCGAUUGGCAAUAUCCGGUGAGAACUAAAGUCAAACAUACACAAUGGUGUCCUGGGACGGGGGUCCACGACCCCUGAGGUAUUAUGUGUCUGUAAAAAAAAGAAUGACAGAUGGAUGGCAGAAAUAAGGUCAAAAUAAAGUAACCUUACUCCUAGGGUAUACUAAUGUAGUUUGUGUAGAGCCGGCUCUGCGGGAUCACUAAAGAUGUUAAAAUUGUUAAGAAGAGUUGUUCUCUCUAUGAUUGUAAAUGAAAUAAGGAAAGCGUCUAGAUACUUAAUCUGUUUAAUACGAGAUUUCCACAAGUGGUAAUGUAAUAAAAUUGUUCAUUUUUA